UCAUAACUUCAUAAAAAAUUAAUUUCUUCAUAAAGAAAAUCAUAUAGAGAAAAUUAGCCAGGCAUUUAACAUGAAAAUCGUGGAAAUACCAGAAACUACCUCCUACUUCUGGAAGCUAAAUAGAAAAAUAACAUACAGCAACUGGCCCUUCAACGAUUCUGACAAAUGCAAUGCCGAACGCAUGGCUGCCGCUGGAUUUUACGUUAUUGGGCGCAAUGAGUCGGACUUAUUAUUAGUUGAAUGUUUUAUGUGUGAGAAGCAACUCAGAGGUUGGAAAUCAGACGACGAUCCAUGGAGCAAACAUAUGAAAUAUCAGUUGAUUUGUCCGUUUGUUAAAUUAAAUAGACAAGAUGAGAACAAAUGGACAAUGAAAGAAUUAUAUUAUUUAUCUGAAAUGUACGAGAUGAAAGAAUAUAAGGACAAAAUAAAAAAAGAUCUCGCCAAACUGAAAGAUGAAACAGAUCGAUUAAACAUGCGCAAACUACCUUUAUAUAAGUUAUUAAAUAAAAAAGACAAAAGGAGUGGGUCAUAUUAAUAUUGUUUAUGGAAUAGUAUAUCAUCGUUAUAAUAUCCGUUCCAUUUUAAAAAUUCCAGAUGUGUAAAUAUUUUGUGAUGCUUUCUUAAAAAAUAUAUAUUGUGUACCUUUGUGGACAAAAUAGUUAUAACAUUUUCUGUUAUAAAUGUAGGAACGUAUCUUUAAUUUAAAAAUGUGAACUACCUUCGCUCAUUCAUGGAUAAUUAAAAUAUCGUUAAACUUGCAUAUAAUGUGCAGCAUAUAUAAAGAAUAUAGCCGGAUAUCUAAUUAAUUAUAUUUUUUCUGUUACAUCUUU